ACUUGCAUUGAGAGACAGCGUGACUGACAGGGACUUCAGGCAGGAUGUAGUGGCUUCCUGUGAGCAGGUCUCAAAACAGUCAUCCAACCCUCACUUAACCCACUUAAUUCCUUUCCUUCUCAUGCAUUUAAUUGUUACUUUUGCAAGUGAGCCGUAUUAGUUGACUAAAUACAAAAUUUUACUCAGAAGCUCUUAGCAUUAUAGACAGGCCUUUUAAGUUCAGCCAUUUGGACAUUAAAGAAAACUGAUCUUUUGGUGUCUGUCAGUUGCCUUUUUUUUUUUUUUUUUAACAGUAGUUGGGUUUUCGCUAUCUGUAAGCUAUUAUCGGUGAAACUUAUUUUUAAUUUUGUCAAAAGUUAGCUUUCUUUAUUCAGUAUCCUCAAAUUGUAAAUGUGCUUAAUGUUUCUUGUAAACAACCCUUGGUAAUGAGGGGAGAUAGUUUUCACUUUGUAUGGAGAAAAUUGGAUUGCAUUAAAAUGACUAACAAUGUUCUUGUUUGCCUAGGGUGUAAAAUUUUCCUCUCCUUGGAGAGUGAUAUUACUGAGUUUGGAUUCUCCCACUUUCCACUUUUCAGGUUGCUUCCUUUUUCGAGUAGUUGGUAUUUUAUUAAACUCUGAAACAGAUGUGUUAAAUUUUGUCACCUUUUUAUUCCCAGAAUUAGUCCUGAGGCUCUAAAGAGAUUAUGAUAAUUAAAACCUGGAGAAUGACACCAGAGAAGUAGAUUCUUGUCUGUCUGUAUCUAGGUUCCCAACAUUGAAGUUACCAUCCAGGCUAUAAAAUCUUUUCAGAAUUCAGAUUAAAUUUGAUAUUUGAUGUUUGCAUAUUUGAGAAAACUAGACAUGAGCCAGAGUUCCCUUCUUGAUCUAAUUUUCCAGACUUCUACCACUUUACAUUUUAGUGUCACUUGGUAACUGUCCAUUGGAGCCUUGCUGAUACAUUGCUGCAGGUUAUAACAUGGAACUACAUAUACACACACAUCUUGGAAUUGAGAGUUAGGGUUGGGCAGUUUACAGAAGGAUUUAGUUGCCCAGCAUUUUGCACCUGCUCCAUGGCGAAGACCACUGAGAACUGUUUUAUAAGGAGAUCAUUGUAAAUGAAACUUGGGUCUAUAAACAAAAACCACAACUCUUUCUAUGGCUGAGAACAGCCCCAACACCCACACUUGGAGAGUGAUCAUCCAGUUGCUGGGAAUGAUAUUACUGCUGUAACUAACCAUAGUGGAAGUAUUACACCUGUUACCCAGUCAGCUCCUUGCUUUUUGAGUUCAUCAGUUAAUUGCCCAGGUCAUGGAGUGUAUGCUUCAUAGGAAAAAAAAAAAAUUAAGGGACUUUAAUACAGAAGAUAGUUGUAUACUCCUCUCCCCCUCCUUUUAGCUGGUUUAACCCAGAGGUAGUUGACCUUCAGAAACUUGUGAUGAGAUGCUGUUUUCUGUUUCCAGGAAACUGACAUGUGGGUUUUGUAGGGUAGCGGGUGGGGGGCUGGAAGAGUCAUCAGCAGUGCUCAAGUCACAGAAAUGGGAUGAUGGUGAUUCUGACAAUAAAGUUAAUGAGCAGCUUGGAGAUGGGGUUACCUGUGUCAGCUUUCCUACUCGCUACCCUGGGAAACCUUGAGGAAAGUCUGGUUGUGUCCCCUAGCCAGGAAAUGUGCUGGCAGAUUCCAAACUGCUGAUUGAGAGCCUCUGAUCUGGACAAUUAGAGAUCCAUUGGACUCUAAAGUGAGCCUGAAACAAAACCUUCUUUUUCCUGGACUUGGAUCAAAAAAACCAAACCUGUGGCCGUAGAGUCGAUUAUAGGAUAGAGUAGAACUGCCCCAUAGGGUUUCCAAGGCUGUAAUCUUUAGGAAAGCAGAUUUCCACAUCUUUCUCCUGCAGAGCAGCUGGUAGGUUUGAACUGCUGACCUUUUGGUUUGCAGCUGAGUGCUUAACCACUGCGCCACCAGGGCUCCUUGGACUUGGAUAGGACCCUUCAAAUCCAAAUCAUUCUAAUAAAAACUGAGGAAGGAUUGAUUAUAUAUCUUUGAAGUUCUAGAGAUAAUAGCCCACACUCUUCUAUAGGGUUUCAUUCUAGUGUUUAUUAAUUUUCCCAUACUCUUCACAAGAUUUCCCAUACCCUUCAUGAGAUUGACAGAUUGAAAAAGACCAUUUUGUGGCCAAUUUCAAACAACCAGGUGACAUUAGGAAAUCCAGUGUUGAUGACAGUAUUUUGUCUUAUAUUCUGAUCCCCAAUUCCUUGAGGGCAUUUUAGUGCCCUAGGAAACCAUGGCAGUUCUGAAUGGUCUACUUCCUUAAAUGUAUUCAAGAGGCAUGUUUGGUUAUUGGAUACCUGCCUCUUUAUCAAGGAUGAGCCCUUGAUAAAGGAAACUGGGGUAUGUUCCAGACUUCAUUCUUUGGUCUGAACUUCUUUACAGUGAGUAGCAGACACAGCACCUGAAGCACAUUUGCAUAGUUCCCCCCCACCCAAACAAAACAAAACAAAACCCUACACCCAAGCGAAGGAGGGCGACUUGGGCUUUCUCCUUUAUACAGCUUCAGGUUUCAGGCUUCAUGCUCUUAUUUUGUGAUCUCCUCCUUUUUGGUUGCUAUUUUUUUUAUUGUUGUUCAGUUAACUAGGAGUGUAUGAAUGUUGCUGGAGCAGAGAGGGCCCAUGCCAUCUUAUGCAUGAGCUUUCCAACUCAAGGGAAACGAGAUUGAUAAAGGGUCGAGUCUGAGGAUUUGUAUGAAUUUUGAGAUGUUUGGUACAGUGCAAGAUCUGUAGGACCAUGAUGUGUCCCAGAACUCACUUGAUCUCCCUGAUGUCUUUAGACCAAGAGUGACCUAGGGCUAUUUGACAAAGUACGGAGGAGCUGUAAGGUGUGGAGUCCCUGGGUGGUGCAAACAGUUCUUGUGCUCAGCUGCUACCUGAAAAGCUACAGGUUCUCAUCCACACAGGGGUGCCUCAUAAGAAAGAUCUGGCAAUCCUACUUCUGGAAAAUCAGCCAUUGAAAACUAUGGAGCGCAGUUCUACUCUUACAUGCAUGGGGUUGCUAUGAGUCAGGGUUGACUCGAUGGCAUCUGGCUUUGGUUUUUUAUGGUUAAGCGCUUGAGCUUAGAGGCCUGGUCAGGUUAGUCACCUGUGUUUGAAUUUCCACCAAUUUCCAACUUUGUUAACCUCUGUGGACCUCUGUAUUCUUAUGCAUAAAAUGGAGAUUAGUAAAAGCACCUAUCUCAUUGCUCUGGGGAUUAAAUAAGUACCCCUUGUGCCUCACUCCCUCAAAGGAGGUAGGUCAGACAUAGACCAUCUCUUAGGAAGGAAUAGAGUAGGAGAUAGAAACUAAUCGUUAUCUGAUGUUCUUGUCCAACAUGUACUGGCAUUUCCUGGUGUACAAAGCUGAUUAAAAUCAGAAGACCUGUGUUUUGCUUCAUACAUUGUUAAUUAGUAGUCAUGUGGCUUUAGGUAGCUGAUUUACCUUUGUGCCUAUCUUCCUCAUCUUCAUAAUGAGAAUAAUGCUUCAUCAUUAGCCAUGUUACGUGUUCCUUCUGACUCGGAGUGUCUUUUUCCUCCCCCCCCCCUCAUAUUUCUGUCAGGGAAUACCUACUUAUCCUUCAGAAGACUGCUUCAUGCUAUCUCCUGCCCAAAACCUUUUUUGUGGUGCCUACAAUCCCAUCCCUGGCCAGAGGGUACUAGUUAGAAAUCAUAAUUCCUUUUCUAUUUCCUUAUUAUAGCACGUUUCAUAGAAAUAAUUGAUUGAUUUCUCCAGUAGACUAUGAACUCUCCUAGGGUAGAAUUCAUUCUUGUUCAUUUUGUAAAACCGUCCCAGUGCCAGCACAAUGCCUAGAACAGUGUAGGCCUUCAGAAAAUGCCCUGGAUACUAAAUGUUAAAGUGUUUUGUAAAUUAUACGACUAAAAAAUUAUGGUGUUAUUAAAAGAAAACUGCAUGGUCUGUGUUUGGAAGUUGAUCUCUUUGAAAAUCGUAGGACCCUAGGAGACCCUUGGGUUUGAAGUGAUGCCAGAGUUGAUUCUAAAUGCUCUGAUUGCUUAUUGCUGGGAUAUUUGAAUGUUGCUACCUGACUGUGUUCUAUAAUUAUUGUUACUAAUUGUUCUUAUAGCCUGGAAGAGAAAAUCUUGUCAUCAGACCUUAACAGUGAAGCAAAAAAUUUAUUGCCAUAUCUUGGACCCAACAAAAUGAGAGAUUGUUUCUGCACCGUAAAUUUGGACCAGGAAGAAGUUUAUCGUACCCAAGUUGUUGAAAAAUCUUUAAGCCCAUUUUUCAGUGAAGAGUUUUACUUUGAGAUUCCAAGAACUUUCCAGUAUUUGUCUUUCUAUGUUUAUGAUAAGAAUGUUUUACAAAGAGACCUUCGUAUAGGAAAAGUAGCCAUCAAAAAAGAAGACUUGUGUAACCAUAGUGGUAUAGAAACUUGGUUUUCACUACAGCCUGUUGACUCCAAUUCAGAGGUUCAGGGUAAAGUUCACCUUGAAUUAAAACUGAAUGAACUGAUAACAGACAAUGGAACUGUGUGCCAGCAGCUUGUUGUACACAUCAAGGCAUGCCAUGGGUUGCCUCUCAUAAAUGGACAAAGCUGUGACCCUUAUGCGACUGUUUCUCUGGUGGGCCCUUCUAGGAAUGACCAAAAGAAGACAAAAGUAAAGAAGAAAACAAGCAAUCCACAGUUUAACGAAAUCUUUUAUUUUGAGGUAACCAGAUCCAGCAGUUACACGAGAAAGUCCCAGUUCCAGGUAGAAGAGGAGGACAUUGAAAAGCUAGAAAUUAGGAUCGACUUAUGGAACAAUGGAAAUCUGGUCCAAGAUGUUUUCCUAGGUGAAAUUAAGGUUCCUGUGAAUGUGUUAAGAAAUGAUUCCUCUCAUCAAGCUUGGUACUUACUACAACCGAAAGACAAUGGAAAUAAGCCUUCCAAAACUGAUGACCUGGGGUCUCUUCGGUUAAAUAUAUGUUACACAGAAGACUGCGUGCUUCCUUCAGAGUACUAUGGGCCUUUGAAAACUUUGCUGCUAAAAUCACCAGAUAUCCAGCCCAUAUCUGCCUCAGCUGCUUACAUUUUGGGUGAAAUAUGUCGAGAUAAAAAUGACGCUGUUUUGCCUCUUGUACGACUGCUGCUGCACCAUGAUAAACUUGUUCCUUUUGCUACUGCAGUGGCUGAAUUAGACUUGAAGGAUACACAAGAGGCAAAUACAAUUUUUAGAGGAAAUUCCUUGGCUACUCGAUGUCUGGAUGAGAUGAUGAAAAUAGUGGGAGGGCACUACCUGAAAGUAACAUUAAAACCUAUUCUAGAUGAGAUAUGUGAAUCCUCAAAGUCCUGUGAAAUUGAUCCUAUUAAAUUGAAAGAAGGAGAUAAUGUAGAAAAUAACAAGGAGAAUCUGCGCUACUAUGUAGAUAAGGUAUUCAGUACAAUUAUAGAAUCAAGUAUGAGCUGCCCCACAGUAAUGUGUGAUAUCUUUUAUUCUCUAAGGCAAAUGGCUACUCAAAGAUUUCCUAAUGACCCUCAUGUUCAGUAUUCUGCAGUGAGCAGCUUUGUGUUUCUUCGUUUCUUUGCUGUAGCCGUAGUAUCACCUCAUACUUUUCAUUUGCGACCUCAUCAUCCAGAUGCACAGACAGUUAGGACAUUAACUCUCAUCUCAAAAACCAUUCAAACUUUGGGAAGCUGGGGUAGUCUGUCCAAAAGCAAGUCAAGUUUCAAAGAGACAUUCAUGUGUGAAUUUUUCAAAAUGUUUCAAGAAGAAAGAUAUAUUAGAGCCGUUAAAAAGUUCCUGGAUGAAAUUUCCUCUACUGAAACUAAAGAGUCCAGUGGUACGAGUGAGCCUGUGCACCUGAAAGAAGGUGAGAUGUAUAAAAGAGCUCAGGGAAGAACUCGGAUUGGAAAAAAGAAUUUCAAGAAACGGUGGUUCUGCUUAACAAGCAGAGAGCUCACCUACCACAGACAGCCAGGUAGCAAAGAUGCAAUUUACACAAUUCCAGUAAAAAACAUUCUUGCUGUGGAAAAACUAGAAGAGAGCUCUUUCAACAAGAAAAAUAUGUUCCAAGUAAUACAUACGGAGAAACCCCUCUAUGUCCAGGCAAAUAAUUGUGUAGAAGCUAACGAGUGGAUAGAUGUACUCCGCAGGGUGAGCCGAUGCAACCAGAACAGGCUCAGUUUUUAUCAUCCCUCCGUGUACCUGAAUGGAAACUGGCUCUGCUGUCAGGAGGCCAGUGAAAACACUCUCGGCUGUAAGCCAUCUACUGCAGGUGUCCCUGCAGACAUCCGAAUAGAUAUUGAUGAAGACAGAGAAACAGAAAGAAUUUAUUCCCUUUUUACCCUCAGUAUGCUUAAGCUGCAGAAAAUGGAAGAGGCUUGUGGAACUAUAGCAGUCUAUCAGGGACCUCAGAAAGAGCCUGAUGAUUACUCUAACUUUGUCAUCGAGGAUUCUGUAACAACCUUUAAGACAAUUCAGCAAAUAAAAAGCAUCAUAGAGAAGCUGAGUGAACCUCAUGAAAAGUAUAGGAAGAAAAGAUCAAGUAGUGCAAAAUAUGGAAGCAAGGAAAAUCCAAUUGUUGGGAAAGCAUCGUAAGAGUUUCACCAAUUGAUUCAGAAGAACUGGAAAAUACUAUUUUUGUUGGAAUUUUUUAAUUCAUCAUAUAUUUUGUCCAUAGUAUUUAAGAAGGAACAUUGGCCCUAAUGUCACCUGUGUUCACAUUGUAUUUAAUAUUUAAUAAUUGAAAUUAACUGUUUGGGAAUCCUGGUAUUAAUGUUUUACUAGAGAAUUUGAAACUCAAGAUUCCCUUCAUAUCUUAUGUGUCCAAAGCCAUGUUUCUGCAGCUUCUUUUUAAUAGAAAGAAAAUCCCUAAAGAAGAUUUUAAAGAAGCUUUGUAACAAAGGGAGAACUCCUCCAUAGCAAGAAACCAUCUCUUCUUGUAACACUCCAUGUUCUGUGGACUUGUUUUCACUACCAUUAGUGCCUGCUCUCUACUGCCAGCUUUGAGUUUUAUUAGAAAACCCCAAUCCAGGGUAGUUCAGAGCUUCCCAUUUAGUUCACCUAGACCCUCCCCACUUUGAGAAAGAAAAGAAUACAUAUAUAUGUAUAUAUUUUUUUCCUUUGGUCCAUUAAUCAUUACAGGUUAUAUUAGGGACAGUGACAGAAACUUUAGAAAACUGCCUGAGCAUCCUUGAAAGUUGGUAGAUCCGUUUGCCUAUUUACAGAUGUAAACAGGACUCAGAUAGGAGGAAUCAGGGAAUCUGUGCUGUCGUGUACAUCUUGUUUACAUUUGGGAUGCACGAUGGCAGAUGAAAUAAAAUGAGAUCACUAAAUUCUUUUUCAUUGUUUUGAAGAUCAGGUACUCAUUUUCUUGAUUUGAGAGUUCAGGUUAACAUGACUUCUAAGGACAUCUCUUCUGAAAAAGCAAAGAAAGUGAACAGUGAAAGACAGUGGUGGGAGAAUCACCUGACUCCACCGGCCAUUUUGUGUUCUCAUGAGGGCCAUUAUCACGAUGCCCUCCUCAUAGUGUUAGGUUGUGACCUAUCUCAAGAACAGUCACUCAGCGCACUUUAAUAAUCUGGACUGCCCCAGGUUAUACUUUAGAUACUCCGUGGUAUCUAAUCUUUAUGAUCAGUUGAAUGAUCAGUGUUUAAGUAUAAAAAUAAUGCUUUCCGGAAAAUGUUUAUACUUCUUCAUUGCUGUUUCCUUGUUGGCUGCUAGCCAAAUGGAAUUUGGGUAAGCAGCUAUUUGAAUCCUAUUUUUCCCUAAUAAUUUACUUUUGUCCUAAAAACCCGUAACUGUAAAUAAGCAGUCGAAGCAAGGUGCCAUCUUGAAGUUAAAGACAGAUACGCUUUGUUUCAUCAGUAUUAAAAACCAUGGUACUUUGCUUUUGUCCUUUUUUAAUUCAAAACAACAUUUUCUAAAUGUGGUACUUUGAUUCUGGAGUAUUUACACAUGUUUCUGUUUAAAACUGUGACUUAUUCAUGUACAUCUAGCUAGUAGUGCUUUUUUUGUUUCCUUGAGCAUAAGCUAUAUUUCAAAUAUACUUUGGCAGUAUGUUAUUGGUGGAUGAUUAUUCUUAAAUUAUAUUGUCAUUUGGUAAUUAUUUUUAAAGACCAUUUGACAUACAAUCAAAAUUGUUCCAUAAAUGAUUAUAACUGAGCAAUGAAGUUCUCUAAAUGACUUGUAAAAAUCAAUUGGUUAAGAAUCAGUACUAGUCUGCAUUAUGGUUGGUUAUCACUCUUGGCCAAUUUUAAAGAUAAGUUUGAAAGAGUCCAGAUUGCAUGAACUGCACUGAUUUGCAAAUUAAUUUAAAUAGUGAAAGAAUUUAGCCAUUUAAUAAAUUUCUCCAUCUUGAAUUUCAUUCAGAUUAAAAUUUCCUUUUUAAGAAUCUCUAAAGUGUUCUAUCUGAAAAGGACAUGAAGAGUAUUGCCAGGUACCACUCAGUUUUUAGUAGCUUUUAUUCUGCUACUUUUUAAAUAUUCUUCUAAUAUUUCUCAUAUAUAAUCCCCAUUAGGAUUGUUUAAGAUGACAGUUUCAAAGGGACCAAGGCUGUGUAUAUACAUAACUCUGGAUUUGAAGGGAAGAGUUCAGUCAUUUAGUUACUUUCUUCACAUGACACUUUUAGCCAGUUUAACUGGAAUUAACCAGUUCAGCACAGCCUAACAGGGAGUAAUGUGAAAUUAAAUUAUUUUUCUUUGAAAGUCUUCUGAAAUGAGAGACUGUGUCAGGAGGACCCUAAGAUACCCAAGGUACUUGUUUCCAGGGGCCUCAUUCCUCUGCCAUUAUUCAUGAGUACUUUUUUAUUACCUGAUCCUCUUUUAUCUGCUUUUUUCUUAUGGCAGCUCACUUCACCCUAAAAACCUGAAACCCCAGGAAGGGGAAAAGAAGAUAAUAUGAGGAAACUCUUGCCAUAAGUGCUAGUUCUGGGUCUUAGUUUAGCCAUUUCCAUCUGUUGAAAGUGUGGUCAUCUGUUGCUGGUUUUGUUGUUAUUGUUUGUUUUGUUUUUUGUUUAGCUUUGUUUUGUUUUUUAAUAUGAUAAUGGGCAGUAGCAAAGAUUUAUAAUCCCGGGAAUAUAAUUUAUCAAAUUGAACUAUUUCAUUUGCCAAAGAAAAUGUGUUUUUAAUAUCAUGGAUAAUGGUUAAGUGUCAAAACUAGGCUUGCUUUUUCACACAAAAGAAGGUGACGAAUGAUGUGACUUUUGUUUCUGUUUCUGAAGCCUAAUCUCAUUUAUCGGAAAAGCUCAUUCAUGCCAGAUUUUAAAAAACAGAUUUUUUUUUUUUAAGUGAAAGCACCUUUAAUUUGCUCUAACGGUACAUCCUAUAAAGACAGAAUGCUACAGAACCUUUUAGGCGUCCUUACAGUAUGUGAAAAAUACAGGACUCAUUCUGGAGUUAAAUUGCCAGACUAGAUUGAUAUUAUCUGCUUCCAUUUUGAUUAACUUAGAAAUGAAUAUGUUGCUAGUAAAUAUUGGUUUUUACAGUGUCUAGUUUGAAUAUGUAAGUUAUCAAAACUUAAUGUAGUGAAUUUGUGUAACUGUUGUAUUGUCGAGAAUGUAUUUUUAUUUAAAUUUUAUUUUCUUAUCAAGAGUGUUAUAAAAAUUAAAAACUUUUGUAACUGUCACUUGGAAAUAACUGAAAUAAAUUACAACAACCCUGUCUAUUCUUUGUGGGAUCCUGCUUUCUUAACUGAUUUAGGAAUUUCUUCAAAAAGUUGGUUAAAAUUAUCAUACCUUGGCUACUAGUAAGGGUAUACUGGUAGUGAGAAGUCACCAGUAACAAAGAAGAAUUGAAGCAAUAUGGAAAGGGCUAAGUGUGCUUCUCUUGCCCUUAACUAUGCCAAUUUUUGAUGGACCAUGGCCCUUCUGUGUUCAGUCAUCCAUUCAGCAGAUUGUAUUGAGGACCUAUGGUGUGUAGCACAGUGCAGACUGCCUUGUCAUUCCAGAGAGCCACACACGUCCCAUGUUCUCCUAUCUGGGUACACAAUUUAGAGCUGAGGGUUUCAGCCUGUGUUUGACUUUACGAAGAAUUCCAUUUUCUACUCUUCUCAAAAAAAAAAAAAAAAAAAACAGCAUCA